GGAACACUCUGCUUCAAGUCAACGUUCGAAUUCAAAAAAUUUCAUUCAGAGCUGUAGCUUGAACUCGGAUCAACAGAAGAAAGUCAACGAAGUUUCAAUGGCUUCCGAUUCUGAACCGACACCUGCAUCCCAUUCCGACCAAACAUUUGAUGUUCUGGUAAUCGGAGCUGGAAUAAUCGGGUUGAGCAUAGCCCGGCAGUUCCUGAUCGGGUCGGACCUAUCCGUCGCCGUAAUCGACAAGGCUGUCCCUUGCUCCGGUGCCACCGGUGCCGGCCAAGGCUAUAUAUGGAUGGCAUCCAAAACAGUUGGCAGCGAGGGUUGGGAGCUGGCUCUGAGAAGCCAGAAGCUCUGGGAGGAAUUGGCUGAGAGUUUGAAAGAUCAAGGCUUGGACCCUUUACAAUUAUUGGGUUGGAAGAAAACAGGAAGCUUGCUAGUUGGUAGAACCCCGGAGGAGUCAGACAAGUUAAAAAGGAUGGUACAGCAGCAAUGUGAAGCUGGGUUAAGAGCAGAGUACUUGUCUGCCAGUGACUUGCAUGUGAAGGAACCUGAACUCAUGGUUGAUAAAGAUACUGGGGCUGCCUUUCUACCUGAUGAUAGCCAACUGAAUGCCCGUCGUGCUGCUGAAUUUCUUGAAAAGGGCAACAGGCAUUAUUCAUCAAAGGGUAGAUAUGCAGAGUUUUAUAAUGAUCCAGUGAUAAGUUUGUUAAGGUCUGGUAGCAGUGGGGAGGUUGAGGCUAUUAAGACUUCUAGGAAUAUCUUGCACAGCAAGAAGGCCAUUGUAGUGGCAGCUGGUUGUUGGAGUGGCUCUUUGAUGUCUGAUCUGCUUAGAGAAUCAGAAAUUGUCCUGGACAUCCCCGUGAAACCGCGAAAGGGUCACCUUCUAGUGCUGGAGAAUUUUAAUUCCUUUCAACUCAAUCAUGGUCUGAUGGAGGCAGGAUAUAUUGAUCAUCAUCAUACUGCAGUUCCGCUUCCAAGCGUAUCAACUUCCGGAUUGCUUGAUGAUCAUGAUGGGCAAGCCUUGUCUGUAUCAAUGACAGCCACUAUGGAUACAAUGGGGAACAUUGUUCUUGGGAGCAGCCGCCAGUUUGCUGGUUUCUGCACUGAAGUGGAAGAAUCCAUCGUUAACCGCAUAUGGGGGAGGGCGGGGGAGUUCUUUCCCAAAUUGAGAGAGAAGCCCCUCUCAGAUUUCAGUCAGAGCAGAGAAGUGAGAGUAGGAUUAAGACCUUACAUGCCUGAUGGGAAGCCAGUGAUCGGGCCUGUGCCUGGUUUGGCCAACGUGUUCCUUGCAACCGGUCAUGAAGGGGAAGGACUUACUAUGGCCCUAGGAACAGCCGAAAUGCUUGCGGAUAUGGUGUUAGGCAAUCCUCAGAAGGUUGAUUCUACGCCGUUUGCUGUUCAUGGUCGAUUUUGAUGAUAAAACCAUACAGAAGAGGAACUCCUGGUGGCUGCCAUCGGAAAAGCCUAUUUGAACAUUUCAUACCUCAAGGUUACAAAGAUUGUGGUUGCCUCAAUGAGAAGAGAGGAACAGUCAUAGUGGACAUGAAAAUCCAUCUUCCUUCUUGUUAUUAUUCUUUGUGUCAACUUGUCUCGAUUACGAUCAAAUCAAACAAUGCAUUUUCUAAACGUUGCUUAGUUAAUUGGCCUCUAAAUGUUGCUAUCAAGUAGCAUUGAUGCAAGAUUAACAUGGACUGUGGUGUGAUUUUGUUGUUUA